CGUUAAUGCAAGCGUAUGCAUGCGUGCUUCGAUUUAUGCACUAUACCCUUAUGAGCCUCUGGUCUAAUUUACCACAACGGCGUUCCGAAGUGCAUAACUCUUACGAUUAAAGGGAAACGCUCCUUUUCCUCUUUGCAACCAUCAUUGACAUCAUCACAAAGUGUCUGGCUCAAGGUCAGGCUUGCGAUUUACUACCUUGAUUCAGAAAGGCUUCUCCUUCCACACAAUCAAUCAUGCCCCUGUUCUCCUCUAGUUCAAGUCCCAAAUUAAACAGCGGUCCUUCAUCGCCCAGCAUGUUUUCAUCAAAAAGUAAACGUGAUUCAGCAGCUGAUCAAUCAGGCAAACGAUCGUCUCAUCAUGACGGAAUUGGCACAAGCGGUAUGAUGGGCACUUCAAACAGUUUGGCAGAAUAUUACAUACCCGAUAAGCUAGUCUCUUCACCUACUGCUUGGGGUGCAGAAGCAAGAAAGCAAAGUAGAUUGGCAGUUGGUGGCUUUGGCGCGGCUGCCGGUCGUAGUUCAAGAAAUGCAAAUAAGAUCUCUAAAACCGAUUCUAUGCAAAGUUUACCUGCAAACGAUCGUCAAAGACCAGGAUCAAGUUCUGCUCUGGCUUCUGCUCUCGAAUUGAAUGGAUCUCGUCCGGACAACAGUAUGCCAAGAGCACGCAAGUGGGGUGCAGGUCGACAUGCUUGGGGCCCAAACGGUGGUGGUCAUGCUGCUUUGGGCGCAGGUGGAUAUGAAAGUGACGAAGGUGUAGAAAUCGAUUAUAUACGUGAUAGCUCAAGCCUUCACGAUAAAGGAAAAUUCCAAGUCAAACCAACACGAGGAUAUGACAGCUCAUCAUCCAUUCCACAAGUUAGCACACUACGUCAAAAUCAGUACAGCGAUGAGAAUUCCUCGUCAGACGCUUCCAGUCGUAGAGGUCUCUUUUCACGUUUCUUUGGAAUGAAUGUUCCUUCUGUACAGCGAGGCAAAUGGAACAAGUUCAAAUGGAUCUUGUUCGCUGCAAAUUUCGUUUUGACUUGUUAUACAAUCGCUGGCUUUAUUGCCAUCAUGCUUGCUUGGUCAAACUUUUUCCCAAAUUCAAGCGCUCUUCUUAUCGUCAAUCGAACGGAACUCAUUUUGGGAACGAUUGCUAUGUGCCUUUGCAUCAUCACAGCAAUCAUUGGAUGGACAGGUAUUUUGCUAAACAAUCGUGCAUUUUUGUCUGUCUAUGCAUUGAUGCUGUGGAUUUCGUUUGCUUUCAUCCUUGCACCGGGCUAUAUUGCCUACAAGAGACGUACUUUCAACUUGGCCGGAAAGAUGAAUCAUUUAUGGUCUCGUGAAUUGACAUUGACAGGUCGCAGAAUGAUACAAACAGUUCUCAAAUGUUGCGGAUAUUAUUCUCCCUUUAUUGAAGCGGCAGCGGAUGGAAACCGUUGUUAUGCAAGAAGUGAAUUGCCCGGUUGCAAAGGUCCGUUGAUCGAGUUCGAACGUGAAGCCUUGUUAAACAUUUACGCCGUCGCUUUCAGUUUGGUUCCUGCUCAUUUGGCAUGCGUUGUGAUUACGAUGUUAUGCGCCAAUCAUGUCACUUACAGAUUCGGCAAGGGUAUCACACCAGCACGUUACCGUGUUGAUGAUCAAACGAUCAAAAAGGCUUACAGAAAGUCUGUUCUUGAUGAAGGUACGGUCAAUUCACGAUCACACUUGCUUCUUGUCGAUCAAACACCACUUGAUCAGCCUAGACCACCGUUUUGGCAUGAUGUUAGCUCUAAAUCGGUGUCCAAAUCCAAGUAGGGAUUACAACUCUUUUGUACGAUGUCAUUCACUUUAUGGUCCACUUUUUGUCACGAUAAAUCCAAUAUAUUUAUCUUUUAAUUCUAUGUCUAGUAAUAUACAAUACGGGUAACUAGUCAAGAGAAGCAUGAGCCCCAAAAAUGAUACAGUGAAAUGAGAACCAUA